CGGAAGCGGAAGCGAGCCCCCGUUUCCGGGCGGCUGAUUCGAGGACUUGUUUUGUCGCCGGCAGCGCCUUAGAAGAGCUGUGACGCGGGGGGCCAUGCCGUCCGAGGGUCGCUGCUGGGAGACCCUGCAGGCGCUGCGCAGUUCCGACAAAGGUCGCCUCUGCUACCACCGCGACUGGUUGCUGCGGGGCGAGGAUGUUUUAGAAGAAUGUAUGUCUCUUCCUAAGCUGUCUUCUUACUCUGGAUGGGUGUUAGAUCAUGUCCUACCCCAUAUGCAAGAGAACCCACCUCCCCCUGAGACUUCAACAUCCCCUACAUCUACUUCAGCCCUCGAUCAAGCUUCAUUUGUUCCCGAAUCUCCCGUCGGAAACCCUGCCUUCUCUCCAGCCUCCUCAGCAACACCAGAUGGAACCAAGAACAAACAUGAGUCUCAGCAUACAGGACCUAUGGUGCUUCAGUCCUCCCGGGGGAUCAAAGUGGAAGGCUGCAUCCGAAUGUAUGAACUGGUGCACAGGAUGAAAGGAGCAGAAGGCUUGAGGCAAUGGCAAGAGGAGCAGGAGAGGAAGGUGCGAGCCCUCUCUGAGAUGGCAUCUGAACAACUGAAGCGGUUUGAUGAACGGAAGGAACUGAAGCUACAUAAAGAAUUCCAGGACUUACGGGAAGUGAUGGAGAAGAGCUCCAGAGAAGCCCUGGGGCAGCAGGAGAAGCUAAAAGCUGAGCAUCGUCACAGAGCAAAGAUUCUCAACCUGAAGCUGCGGGAGGCAGAGCAACAGCGCCUGAGGCAAGCGGAGCAGGAGCGACUCCGGAAGGAAGAAGGCCUGGUUCGCCUGCGGAGCCUCUAUGCCCUGCAGGAGGAGGUGCUGCACCUCAGCCAGCAGCUGGACUCCGCCGACCAGCACCGAGACCUGCUGAAGGCUGACCUGUCUGCCUUCCAGACCCGAGGCAACCAGCUGUGCGGCCUCAUCUCAGGGAUCAUCCGGGCCACUUCUGAGAGCGUCUUUCCCACAGCAGAGGACCAGGUUGUGGCUGAGAGAGCGCUGCAGGAAAUGCGGGACCUCCUUGCGAACUUGCAGCAGGAGAUCACCAGGGCCUGUGAGGACAAAAAGCGGCAGGAUGAAGAGGAGGCCCAGAUGAAGCGGCAAGAGUCACAGAUGCAGCAGGGGCCAGAGGUCCAUAAAGAGUCCCCAGCUCCCAGCCAGGGCCUGGGAGUGAAACAGAAUGAAGACCUCCAGGUGAAGGUACAGGACAGUACAAUGCAGUGGUACCAGCAGCUGCAGGACGCCUCCAGUCAGUGUGUGUUGGCCUUUGAGGGACUGACCAACAGCAAAGACAGUCAGGCCAAAAAGAUAAAGAUGGACCUCCAGAAGGCUGCCACCAUCCCCGUGAGCCAAAUUUCCACCAUUGCAGGCUCAAAGCUGAAGGAGAUCUUUGACAAGAUCCACAGCUUACUCUCUGGAAAGCCCGUUCAAUCUGGUGGGCGCUCUGUGUCUGUCACACUUAACCCACAGGGCCUGGACUUCGUCCAGUACAAGCUGGCAGAGAAAUUUGUGAAACAAGGAGAGGAGGAAGUGGCCUCUCAUCAUGAAGCGGCAUUCCCCAUUGCGGUGGUGGCGUCCGGGAUCUGGGAGCUCCACCCCAGAGUGGGGGACCUCAUUCUCGCUCAUCUGCACAAGAAGUGUCCUUAUUCUGUCCCCUUCUAUCCAGCUUUCAAGGAGGGAAUGGCUUUGGAGGAUUAUCAGAGGAUGCUUGGCUACCAAGUGAAGGAUUCCAAAGUGGAACAGCAGGACAACUUUCUAAAACGCAUGUCUGGGAUGAUCCGUCUCUAUGCUGCCAUCAUCCAGCUCCGGUGGCCGUAUGGGAACCGACAAGAGGUUCACCCUCAUGGCUUAAAUCAUGGCUGGCGCUGGUUGGCACAGAUCUUAAACAUGGAGCCCCUGUCGGAUGUGACGGCCACUCUCCUCUUUGACUUCUUGGAGGUGUGUGGGAAUGCUCUCAUGAAGCAGUACCAGUUCCAGUUCUGGAAGAUGAUACUUCUCAUCAAAGAGGACUACUUCCCCAGGAUUGAAGCCAUCACAAGCUCAGGACAGAUGGGUUCCUUCAUACGCCUCAAGCAGUUCUUGGAGAAGUGUUUGCAGCACAAGGAGAUUCCUGUCCCCAAGGGCUUUCUGACUUCCUCCUUCUGGCGUUCCUGAUGUCACUCUGUCUCGCCCACCUUCACCAUUCUGCUGCAAAGGGGCAGUAAUAAAGCAACUGAAGACAGCCGUAUUUGGGAGAAGUCAUGUCAUGUAUUUUUAAAUAUUUGUACAUUGUGACCAGGAGAGGGGAUUUUCAUGGGCCACAAAUCUAGGAGGUCCCUUCAUAGAUUGAAUGACUCUUUAAAGGGGUCUACACCAGAGUAAAUGGAAUUGGCCUUUCUCAUUUUAGCAAAAACUUGCAAAAAAAUGAUAAUAAUUUGAGAAGAAUUUAGGCACUUGAUCUCAUCCUUUAUUUCCUUUGUCUCUAGUAUCUUUCAGAAAGUAGGUCAAUACCUUGACCAUUUUUCUCUGAGCUGAAGUGACCCACCACUUUCACUCCACCCCCACACCUCGACCCCUCCCCGCAUGCUGCCCCUGUUCAGAAAAAUUCCCAGAAAGAACAAAGACUCAUAAGUUCCCCUUUAAAGUAUCAUUUAAUGGUUGGGACCCAAAUCUUUACAUGCAAAACUGGGUUGUGUUGGUUUUGCCUUAGCUUGUGAAGUAUUUAUAAGUUCAGAAGAAAAUGCCUGAGAUAGACAUGGACUAAGUCCCAGACUGCAUCAGGGACAGCUGAGUGUCUGGGCUUAGGACUGCUCACGCAUGUUCUGUUGAACCAGAAAGCACUGUUUGUCCUCUUAAUUUGGAAUUUGGCUCCUGGAAGACUAGGGGUACAUGAACCAAACUUUUUGUUUUUAAGUUUGAAUUAAGAUGGGCUGAGAUGGGGCCUGCAACAUUACACAUGAACUGAGCAUCCAUAAGCAGUGAAUCGGGGGUUUAAUAAAAAUGUUGUAGAAGAACUGGGAGCUGCCUUACAAUGUUUUUACAUGUUCUGAGUAAUAAAUGUUGAUAGAUUUGCCUGACUAAAGCCACUACAAAAAUCCACAGUUGGGCUAUUCAAAUAAAGAGUUGAGAUUUGCUUAUGACAAGACUCAUCUCUUACACUGUGGAGGCAGUGGCCAUGAAUCUAUUCCUCUGUACUCAGUGUUGUAUGUGGGGAUGUGUUUGUGCAGGGAGGGUAUUCCCUGGUAAUUUAGAGUGGCUUCAAGUGACCCAUUCUAUGAAUUAUUGACAAUGGUGCCAAAAAAUAAGUAAUAAAGCUUGAGUUUUAAAAACC